AUGGGUGCUAACAUGGGCAAGAACUCGAGCCUGCUCGACGCGCUACCUACCGCGCAGGGCACGCUGCACGUGGUCAUGCUAGGGCUGGACUCAGCUGGCAAGACCACUGCACUCUAUCGGCUCAAAUUUGACCAGUACCUCAACACCGUCCCCACCAUCGGGUUCAACUGCGAAAAAGUCAAAGGCACUCUUGGCAAGUCAAAGGGUGUCAACUUCCUUGUAUGGGAUGUCGGUGGCCAAGAAAAAUUACGGCCUCUAUGGAAAUCCUACACCAGGUGCACAGAUGGCAUCAUAUUUGUUUUAGACUCCGUCGAUGUAGAACGAAUGGAAGAAGCAAAAAUGGAGUUAAUACGCACGGCUAAGUCUCCUGACAAUACGGGCGUGCCGAUUCUUGUACUAGCGAAUAAGCAAGAUCUACCCGGGGCAAAGGAACCCCGCGAGUUGGAAAAACUAUUAGGUCUACAUGAGCUGGUGUCGUCGCCGCAUGGGUCGCGCGACGCGCAUGCCUGGCACGUGCAGCCGGCUUGUGCCAUCACCGGCGAGGGCCUGCACGAGGGGCUCGAGGCACUCUAUGAGAUGAUACUCAAGAGAAGAAAGCUGGCUAAGCUGCAGAAAAAACGAGUCAGAUAA